UGUGUUUACCACGAAACUUCCGGGUGUGCACAUCCGUUGGUGUGGGUUAAACGGUUUUUGUUCGUUAGCUGUCGUGUUUCAUUCCCCUCCGCUCGUUCAGCCCGCGUUAAAGAUGAACACGGUCCUGUCGAGAGCUAACUCGCUCUUCGCCUUCUCCCUGAGCGUCAUGGCGGCUCUCACUUUCGGCUGUUUCGUCACGACAGCGUUUAAAGACAGAAGAGUUCCUGUGAACAUCCACGUCUCCAAAGUUAUGCUGAAGAACGUUGAUGACUUCACAGGACCCAGGGAACGGAGUGAUCUGGGGUUCAUCACCUUUGACGUCUCAGCUGAUUUGGAGCCAAUCUUUGACUGGAACGUCAAACAGCUGUUUCUCUACCUGUCUGCAGAAUACGCCACGAAGAGCAACUCUCUAAACCAGGUGGUGCUGUGGGACAGGAUCCUUCUCCGAGGGGACAGCACCAAACUGAACCUCAGAGACAUGAAGUCCAAAUACUUCUUCUUUGACGAUGGGAAUGGACUCAGGGCCAAUAAAAACAUCACGCUGACGCUGUCCUGGAAUGUCGUUCCCAACGCUGGAAUCCUCCCCCUGGUAGCUGGAAGCGGACACAUCAGCCUGCCCUUCCCUGACCAAUAUGAGACCACCAGGAGCUAUUAGACACCAACGUCCACAUUCAGCCUGCUGCAGCACACACACACACACACACACACACACACCCCAGUAAUUAGUAUUUCUAUGUAUGAGGCGGUUUGUAAUAAAGAAGGGAUCUGGAAAAUUUCUGCCUGGAAA